AUAUCCCAAAACUCUUACCUAUAUAAAUACAAAUCCUUGUCAUAAUCUUUAUUCUAAAACCGUUCAAGUUUAUGCAAGAACGAUAGAAAGUUGUACAGAAAAAAAUCAGUAGCAUUGACAAUGGAAAAAAUACUGUUGAUAUUUUUGGUUUUGUGUAAGUUUUUCAUUUUAUCGCACAGUUUGUUCUGGAGUACGGGUAAGGUAAGGAAAUAUUAUCUGGCUGCUGUUGAAGAGGACUGGGAUUACGCUCCUGACGGAUUCAAUCUUGUGACGGAUGAUAUCAGUGUUGCGGUUACGAAGCUAAAUCAUAGCGAUGACCGGAUUGGAUCAAUUAACAAGAAAGUAGUAUACAAACAGUUUACAGACGAAAGUUUCUUGGACGAAAUUUACUCCCCUCCGUACAUGGGCUACCUUGGGCCAAUUAUGCGAGCUGAGGUAGGCGAUACGUUCGAAAUUCACUUCAAGAACAUGGCUUCCGGUCGAAAUUACAGCGUACAUCCUCAUGGUGUUUUGUACAAGAAGGCCUCGGAAGGAGCUCUAUAUGUAGACGGUACCAACACCACGUUUAAAUUAGACGACGGAGUGCCACCAGGGGGCAGUCACGUGUACACAUGGGAAGUCUCAAGUAACUUCGGACCCACGAGAUCUGACGAGAACUGCGUGUCAUGGGCUUAUCAUUCACAUGUGAGCUCUGUAAAGGACAUAAACACAGGAUUGGUUGGAUGUCUUCUCACGUGCAAAAAAGGAGUGCUAAACAGUAAUGGAUUACGGAGAGACGUUGAUAAAGAUUUCGUAAUUUACACUGAAAUCGUGGAUGAAAACGAAAGUUGGAAAAUACAAGAAAACUUGAAUAAAUGUGGAAAUGCGUCAAAUUGCAUUGAAUUGUUGCAAACCAGAGAUGCUAAAUUUAUUGAGAGUAACCGGAUGCCCGCUAUAAACGGUUACAUGUUUGGAAAUUUGCCAGAUUUAACAGCGAAAGAAAAUGACAGAGUCGCGUGGCAUUUCAUGGGUAUGAACCAGGGUAUGCGUGGUGUAACCAUCAAUGGUCAGACGUUCUCUUACCGCAGGAAAAGACUCGACACCAUCAGCAUUUUCCCUGCAACCUUUGUGUCUGCUUUUAUGAAAGUUACCUCCCCUGGGAGAUGGCUUCUCCAGUCGAGGACAACUAACGAAUACGAAGGAGGUAUGCAGGCUUUUUUUACUGUCGAGGAAAAUUAUAGUUACGGCUGGUUACAUAAACGAAGGCGACCAAGGAUAGACAGGAAGUUCUUUCUGGCUGCUGAGGAAAUGGACUGGGAUUAUGGACCUUCGGGAACAAACACUAUUGACGGCACAAACUUGACAGCCAAUGGCAGUUCCUCGAACCUGUAUUUCAAGAAAGGACCAAAUUUUAUUGGCGGAAUCUACAAAAAGGUCAGAUACGUACAGUAUACUGAUUGCAAAUUCCAAACAAAACUAAACCCCACUUCCGAAUCGGAACACCUUGGCGUUCUAGGUCCAAUGCUACGGGUUGCUGUGGGAGAAAAAGUACAAGUGACUUUCCGGAAUCUAGCCUCCCGGAACUACUCCUUUUUACCACAUGGUGUGCAGUUAGAUAAAGAUCAGGAGGGCGCUUUAUACAGAGGGAGUCCCUUUUCAACCGAUGUGACCGGUAAAUUUGCCAGUCCUGGUGAAACUGUGACUUACACAUUCACCGUGCCAUGGUCAGUGUCUCCGGCGCGCGAGGACCCCGCGUGCAAUACGUACGUGUAUCAUUCCGCCGUCGACCCAACCAAGGACGUACACUCGGGACUGGUGGGUCCCCUGUUGGUGUGUAAAGCAAGGAGUUUGGACAGACAAGGCAGACAGAAACAUGUGGACACAGAUUUUGCGGUAUUCUACCUGACGAUUGACGAAAACAAAUCCUGGUACCUGGAUGACAACAUCCGGGUACACACCGAUGACCCAGCCAGCGUCAACAAAGCAGAUCCGGCUUUCGUAGCGUCCAAUAGGAUGCAUUCAAUCAACGGCCGAAUGUAUGGUAACCUACAAGGAAUGGACAUGUGUGUUGGCGAUGACGUCACGUGGCAUGUCGCUUCAGUGGGUGACUUUGUCAGUAUGCAUGGUACUUACUUUCGUGGCAACACAAUGAAAAUCGAUGGGUCUAAUAGGGCUUCAAGGAUCGUCAUACCAGGAUCAAGUUAUACUGGCGAAAUGACUCCGGAUAAUCCAGGAGACUGGGAGAUUGUUUGUCGAACAAACUUUCACUUCCGUACUGGUAUGCGUGUUCAGUAUCACGUCAACGAUUGCGGGUACAAUGACGUCAUCAGUGACGUUUACCGGGGAGGCACCACCAGACAAUACUACAUCGCAGCAGUUAACAUUACUUGGGAUUACGCUCCCGGAAAUAUGGACCUUAUCACCGGUCAUAACCUUAGCGACCCGAACAUCAACGGCCACCUUUACGUGAGGACUGAUAACGGAUUUCUGGGCAGUUCCCGACAGAAAGUUGUGUACCGAGAGUUUACCGAUUCCACGUUCUCCACCAUGAAGAAUCGUACACCGGAAGAAGAGCAUUUAGGAAUUCUGGGACCAGUUAUCAAAGCAGAAAUUUCGGACACAAUCAAAGUGACAUUCCGUAACCUUGCCAGCCGUCCGUAUUCCAUACACGCACAUGGUGUAUUGUAUGACAAAAAUGACGAAGGGAUAUUAAACGGGGAACCAAGCAACGACGCAGAAAACUCUAUUGAUACAGGAACCGGAAAUGGGGACCAGGUGUAUCCUGGGAGAACGCAUACCUACACGUGGCGAGUACCUCGGAGGGCGGGUCCGGCGAAAGACUACAGGGAGGCGAACUGCGUGACGUGGAUAUAUUACUCUGGAGUGGACACCAUUAAAGACAUGAACACAGGUUUGGUCGGCCCUCUUGUUGUGUGCCGCCGCGGCGUUCUAACAGACGACGAUAUGAAACGACGCGAUGUCGACCGAGAAUUCGCCCUUCUAUUUAACGUCAUGGACGAAAACGAAAGUUGGUUGCUAACAGAAAAUGUAGAAAAAUACGGGUCAAACGAAACCAACGUCAAUGAUCCACAGUUCAAGCUAAGUAACCAAAUGAACAUGAUAAAUGGUAAAAUAUAUGGAAACUUACACGGCUUGGUGAUGGAGAAAGAUGAGACAAUUGCUUGGUAUAUUCUUGGGCUAGGAUCAUCGUUUGACAUCCAUACUGUACAUUUCCAUGGUCAAACUUUCCUUCAUCGUGAUAACGUUAUUCAUAGAGGGGAUGUUAUAGAGGUUUUUCCCGGAACUUACGAGACUGUGGAAAUGCAUACGGACAACCCGGGUGUGUGGAUUCUUCAUUGUCACCUGAACGACCAUAUAACACGGGGCAUGGAGGCGACAUACAAUAUCACCGAACGAACAACACACGGACACACGGGCUUCAAUUGGCUGGGUUAAAUGUUGAUCCCUGUUACCAUGGUGAUGUUACACACGUGUCAGACCACCUUCAAUGAUUGCAGUGCGCAUUUUUUUGCGAUUUCGCUUCAGACUAUUUAUAAAUAAUGAUUUUGAUUAUUGUAAAACAAAACCUCUUUGUUUGGAUGUGAUGGAAUAGAAAUCCACGGAUGUUUUUAUUUGAUACUUUUCUUUACUCGUGAUAUACCGGAUUCUUUAGCAUAUGUGCAAUAAUUAAAAGACACCGAUCAGCAUACGGCGAGAACCAAAUCUCAAACAGCAAUGGUGACUGGCGUUUUGGGAGUAAAAAGUUACCAAGAUGCCUUCCUAUGGCUAGAUCAUUUGAUGGUACGAUACUUCGCCUUCGUUUUCGUAAGAACUGUAGAAGUGCAUACCUUCAUCAAAUGUAGGCUUGAUUCGUCUGUAUAGAACGACUUCAUCAAAUGUAGGCUUGAUUCGUCUGUAUAGAACGACUUCAUCAAAUGUAGGCUUGAUUCGUCUGUAUAGAACGACUUCAACAAGCUUAGAUUAAUAUGUAAUGAACGAUUUUGAAAGCCCAUAUGUCCAUACAAAAAAUAGCGCCAUUCCCUGAAAAUUCAUGUUGACGUACGUCAUCGUGUGACGUUCAAAACCGGCGCCAUGUUGACGUACGUAAUCGUGUGACGUUCCAAACCGGCGCCAUGUUGAUGUAAUUUAAUAUACGCCAAGAAGGAUGACAAAGGGAGUUAAGGACCCCUGUGCCACAGCUGAGAACCUAUUCAUUGAAUCAACAACAGUGUUCCGAAACACA